AUGUCUCUGUUCGGCACCUCGCCGGAGGACUCUCCACUGGCUAGUUCGAUCCAGAGGUCCAAGGCCUCCCUUUUCGCCGACGAGCCGCCUUAUGGCAGCAAUACUGGCAAUGCGAGUUCCUCGCUGUUCGCCGAUGACGACAGCUCCGGCUCACCUUGGAUGAGUAAUAAUGCCAACAAGAGAACGUCCAAGGAAGAGAUUGUGAAGACCCUGCUGCCAGAUUCCGAUGUCCCCGAGACUUAUAUCGAUGCGUAUGAUCUAGUGCUUAGUGCGGGGGACCGCGUUGGAACCGGUGUCGGGUUGACGUCCAUUCGGGAAAUACUGUCGGGCAGUGGCCUGAGCGCCACCGAUCAAGCGAAGAUACUCAACCUUGUUAUCUCGGGUGAUAGUGACAGCUCCAAUGGUCUUGGCCGGGGAGAGUUCAGUGUCCUACUAGCGCUCGUGGGUCUUGCGCAGGAAGGCGAGGACCUUACGUUUGAUGCAGUGGACGAUCGACGCAAGAGUGAGUUGGCGCUGAAACUUCGUCCGAUAACGGCCGAAGUCAUAACAAUCACGCUGCUCCCGGAGAAAGAGGGCAUGUUUAUGUUCCAACAUCGCAACUACGAGGUAAAAUCGGCGCGUAGGCAGAGCACGGUUGUGCGACGGUAUAGCGAUUUCGUCUGGCUCCUGGACUGCCUCCACAAACGAUACCCAUUUCGGCAGCUGCCUUUGCUUCCACCCAAGAGACUUGCAGUCAAUGGCACUCACCUUGCAGCGGAUUCCAAUUCCUUCCUUGAGAAGCGUCGCAGAGGACUCGUCAGAUUCACCAAUGCCCUCGUUCGUCACCCGGUUCUUAGCCAGGAGCAGCUGGUUAUUAUGUUCCUAACCGUCCCUACGGAACUCUCGGUUUGGCGUAAGCAAGCCACAAUAUCGGUUCAGGAUGAGUUCACAGGCCGAGCGUUGCCUCCCGAUCUAGAGGACUCGUUGCCGUCGGAUCUGACGGACAUGUUCGAUACGGUUCGUAGUGGUGUCAAGAGGUCUGCCGAGGUAUACAUCAAUCUAUGCACUUUACUCGAGCGGUUAGCCAAGCGCAAUGAGGGGCUUGCCGCGGAUCAUCUGCGAUUCUCUCUCGCCCUUCAGUCGCUUACUGAGAUGACGCGGGAUACGUAUGCCUUUGACACCAACGACGUGCCGUUGCUCAACGAGGGCAUCAAGGCCACCGCGAGGCACCUUUCGGCCAGCCAGAGCUUGCUGGAAGAUGAAGCACGAGCCUGGGAGGAAGGGAUGCUGGAAGACCUUAAGCGCCAGCGGGACUGCCUGGUCAGCGUUCGCGAGAUGUUUGACCGGCGAGACCGGUAUGCGCGCAACAACAUCCCCCAGUUGGAAAAACGGAUUGAGAACAGCGAGAGGAAACUGCAAGAUCUACGGGCGCGGACUCAGCCGGUAAAGCCUGGGGAAAUUGAGAAAGUAGAGGAAUCAAUUGUCAAGGACAAGGAAUCGAUUGUGCAUCAGCACGCACGUGGGGUGUUUAUCAAGGAAUGCAUCCGCAACGAACUUAUGUAUUUCCAACAGAGCCAGUAUCACAUCAGCCGGCUUCAUCAGGACUGGAGCCAGGAGCGAGUGAAAUAUUCGGAGCUGCAGGCUGACAAUUGGCGGUCACUGAGCGAUCAAGUGGAGGGAAUGCCACUGGGUGAUUAG